AUGAAACCGUUGUGGAUUCAACAGCAGAGAGAAGCCCUCAAUCUUUCAGCCACUGACCAACAACAAUUGCUAACCCAACAGAAGGAGCAACUAUCCACUCUGUACAAACAACAUCAGAUGGAUAUCCACAUCUACGGAACUCAAUACCCGUUGCCUCUUAUGAACGUGGACGAUGUACUUACUUCCCUACCACCGCAUGAAAAAGAAUUGGACGAAAUCUUUUGCAGGGAAAUCGGCAAAUUGGUGCCCCUACUGACUUCCUCCACAAUCAACGGAGUUGAACUUUACAUUGCACGACUCAGCUCAGUAAUGUCUGCACUGGCCAAAACGCCAGCACGGAAACAAAUACUGGACCGCAUAGCAGCCCCCUACCUAUCCUCUCUCCUACUCAAAGAAAAUGGACUAGUUUCAUCCUACCUCUCGUUAGUGAAUGAAUCGAUCCCUGAUGAUCAGAAGACCCUCCUUGGCUCCCUCCGUUACAUAGUAACAUUAAUGUCCAAUGAUGGACACCGUGGAAAUCUUGGAAGCCACAUCAAACCGCCUUACCAAGCUGACAAACCCAUUGGCACUUACGCCACGCAAUUUGAACAGUUCGUCCAACGGAUUGAUGGUAUUCGGAUGGACUCCUUGGAAAUGCUAACUAACCAUGCUCUCAAUGGAGAACGCCGCCGACAGUUUGUCCGCGGCCUAUCAGGCAAUUUACGUAUCCUUGUAGAAACCCCGUCAAUAGAUACAUCAUGGCACGCUUUUAAGCAAGCGUACUUCAAUGGAUACAUUAGACUUCACCCUAACACAUCGUUAUUUGGCAAACCCCAUCAUCAACAAGAUCGAAACACACGAAAAACCCCUCCGAAUGGAAACCGUCAACAUAAACAACCAAGUGCACCAUCUACAUCUGCUCGUAACCACACAGCCGCUCCGCCAAAACGACAUUUCAAUAAACCGAAUCGUCCCUUUGACAAGAAACCACAAUUCCAGUCCCCCUCCUUCCUCCAUACUCACCCUGCGUCCACAGUAAAGGAUAAUUCCAAAGUUAGGAGACAACGUUCAAAGAAAAACCAAGUUAACGCAAUAACAACAGAAAUGAAAUCACAACGAUCCAUGCUUCAAGCUUUGAUGGACAAAUUGAACUUUUUCGACGUCCCUCACACAGCCGUGACUGUAGUAUGUCUUCUAACAUUGUGUAUGGCUGUAAACGGAUGGGAAUGUGCAAGCAUUCCACCCCACUACCCUUUACUUUACCGACAAGGUACUUAUUCAUUUGCCGGCUCCCGUGCAGUGGAAGCCAGUGAAAUGCAUACGGUUUGCACUCCAGAAUUGUUCCACCCGGCUUUAUUGGUCGAUUCUAUACUCAUCUCUCAAGACAACUUUUUUGCCUUGGAAACCAAAGUAGCACCGUACGAGGAUUCAGAUCCUCCUAUCUCUUGUCGACCCCUUGUUGCUAUGAGUAACUUAUCAACAUCGGACAUUUUCCUCACCAAACAUUUGGAAACCACAUUUUCCGAAUCUACAUUCCUCAAUUUCCUCGACAUAUAUGCGUAUCACCACGCAUUCAACUUCUCCUGCCCGUCUAACAACGAAAUGGAAACCCAAAUCCCAGAUGGCAAGGUAGUCCCUCCGUCUCCAAUACGUAAACGAAAGCGACCUCUUGAUAUCGAUGUCUUAUCCUCCCCGGAAUAUGCAAAACUUCGGCAAUCACAUUCAAUCUCUUCCGACAAGAUUAGAGACCUUGAAAAUGAAGUUUCCCGACUACAAUUUCAACUGUCUGCCGCCGGAAAGGACCUUGCAGAUUUCAAAUCACAAUCCGAAACCCGUGAGAAGAAAAUCAAAGUACAUCUCGAUCGCUUACCACAUGCAGAAACAGAUUUAGCACAAGCAAGAGAUCAACUAGCGUCCUCCAAGGAUGCUCUAGCCGCCCAAAUGAAGCUACAUAAGGAUACUUUAACCGAACUUGAAACGCUUCGUGAAAAUUAUAAUCGACACGUUUCCCUCGCCGACGGUGCGAAGAAUGCCCUGCUCGAAUUCCAAACCAGAACACUUCAACAAGCUGGCACCGAGAAGAAGCUCCAUGAAACCGAACUUCACAGUAUGCGCAAUAAACACGCACAAGCUAUUGAUGACCUGAAACAGCAAGCGACGACUAAAUGUAAUCAACUGAUAGAAGCAAGCGAGAAAAAGAUGCAACAACAAUGCGACUUACAACGCAAGAGAGACAGUACUGAAUUUGCGAAAGAGAAAACUCGUUUAUCGGAAGCAGCUACAACGAAACUUAAAUCAGAAUUAGAUAAGAUGAAGCUUAUUUACGAUAAAGAAAUAGCAGCAGUUAAAGAAACCAUAAAAACUUCCGCUGGUGACAAAAUGGAAAUGGAUGACGACGAUAACUUGAUUAAACGUAUUGCUGACCAAGCCAGAAAGAUCAGCUCAUUACAACAAUUACUUGCUAUCAAAACUGAACAAGAAACCCCGUCCUCUACUCAUAAUCCCGAGUUGUGUACUUCUUACAACAACUUUGUAAUCUUUAUGGAUCACCUCAAACGCAUGGAAUUAACUGACGCAAUGCUGACACUGCCCCGAAGCAUUGUCUCCCUCCUGACCUUUUUAUCCACCUUAUUAGGUACUAAGAUAUGGUCCAACCGCAGUCAUAACAAACUGCCCCAACAUAAUGCACGAGCGACUGCUCCUUCCCCUAAAACCGAUUAUUCGGCACCUUUACUGUCCCCUGCUAAAUGGAAAUUUGGCGACGGACCGGUACCUGCCUCAGUCAAUGCAGUACUUUCUGAAGCUCUUCCUCGUUUACGCAUAAUAAUGGGUAACUUACCGAUCACGCUCCUAUUGGAUACCGGAGCUUCCAUCAACGUUUGUAGCCUCUCAAUUGCAAAACAAAUCGACAAAGAAUACAUACUUGCUCGACACCCUACAUCAGCAACGGCUUAUUCCGCAAAUGGAACGGAAUUAUCUUUACAUGAAAUUAUACAUCUCCGAAUCCCUAUUGGACAAGAUCAUUACAACAUCAUAUGCCAUGUUAGUCCACAUGUAUCCCACGACCUCAUCUUGGGACAGCCUGGUUUAAAAGCCUUUGGUGAUUUUUCAAUAUCCUGGAAACAUGGACGUAUACACUUGGGAUCUCACUCUUUUCCCAUAUCAAAUGCUUACCCCUUCAAAUUAACUAGCAACACAGAUCUACCACCACAUUCCACGAACAUUCUAAACCCCAGAAUUGAUGCACCCGUGAAUGUGCUACUGGACGCUGUUUAUACAGUUGCAAGUCCUUAUUUUAAAGGAAGUAACCAAUUAGUUACUUACAAUGCAAUCUCUCCUGUUAUUGAUAAUCAGAUUAACUUUGUAAUCAACAAUAUCGGAGCUAACCCUGUAGCUUUAUAUGACAAAACUACAUUAGGCUAUGUCACAUUAGUCGAAUCAUUAUCUGAGACGGACCUUCGCAUUACAAACGAUGGCUACAGCAGUGAUGAAGCCGAUAUCUGUGACCGACUUCCACCUUACCCGACGAGCCUACCAAAUCAGCAACUACAGAAGUCUGACUUUCUUUCACAAGUACAGCUUCCCCCCGAUGCCCUAUCCAAAGAUCAACUAUCCCGAUUACACGACAUUUUAUGGACCCAUCGAUCUGUCUUCCACGAAUUCAAUCCUACUCCUGGCCGGUAUAACGGUCCAGAAACAUUAGAACUACGAACAGCUCCACACGAUAUUCCCAAACCAAUUCGUGCCCCUCGCUAUUCCGUAGAAAAAGAAAACGAAAUCAAACGCCAAGUCGAUGAUAUGCUUAAGCACGACAUGAUUGAACCAUCUCGUACUCCUUAUCUAUCACGAAUCAACUUGGUUAAGAAGAAAAAUAAUGAGUGGAGAUUUGUGGUCGAUUUUCGCUCCAUUAACAAAUUGAUCGUGCCUCAAUCACAUCACAUACCACGGAUAGACACCAUCCUGGAUAAAGCAUCUGGAAAACAAUAUUACACCUCUUUGGAUUUAAAAAACGGAUUCCAUCAGCUCACUCUAGAUAAAGAUAGUCGCUAUCUAACCGGAUUCCCCACGCACAUAGGAAUCUUCCAAUACAAACGAAUCCCGAUGGGAUUGGUAGGCAGUCCCGAUUUCUUCAACCACAUAGUUGAGAAACUAUUUAAAUCCUCCAACAACUUCGUUUACCUUGACGACAUUCUAUUAACUGACAAUUCGAUAGAUGAACAUCUUGAAAACAUCAACACAGCUCUUUCAAAGGCCUUAUCCUUUGAUUUCCGCUUUUCUCUAACAAAAUGCCUCUUUUUCCAACAAUCACUUGAAUAUCUCGGAUUCAUCAUCAGCAAAGAUGGAAUACAACCGAACCCUAAGAAAACCGCUGCGUUACGAAAUAAACCUAUUCCGUCUAACGAAAAGGAACUACGCUCCUUCUUAGGAGCGGCUAACUAUUACCGCAAACACAUACCUGGAUAUAGCAAGCUGGCCAACAUCCUGUACGAUUGUACAUCACAAUUCCUUUGGACAUCAAAGCACACUGAAGCGUUUGAAAACAUCAAAGCAGCUCUAGCAGACGCAUGUACCUUAUCGCCACCCGAUGAUUCAGCACCUUAUACCAUAGUUACAGACGCUAGUACCCAAGGUAUUGGCGCUGCAUUAAUGCAAAACAACAGACCAAUCGCUUUCACUUCCAGAACGUUGAAAAACGCAGAAUUAAUGUACGCUCCUGUACAAUUAGAAGCACUUGGACUCGUAUUUGCUUUAAAAUCAUUCAGCCCGUACAUCUACGGCAAACGCACAACGGUACUAACUGAUCAAAGCAGCCUACUUAGCCUUAUGACUAAGACCGAUGUAUCCAAUAUUCUUGAUCGUUACAAGAACUAUAUCAUGGGUUUCGACAUAGACAUUCGUUAUAUCAAAGGAUCAGACAAUGCAGUCGCGGAUUAUUUAAGCCGUUCCGUAUUUUCUGUAGAAGUCACUCCAAUUGAUGAAAAAUACCAUUCGGUAUUCCCCAAAACAACGAAUUACUUCCAAACACCAUACAUAGUCUCUCAAUUCCCACAGUUUCUCAAUGAUAAUGAGCAACUCGAUUACCCCGAUUGUAAAAUACAAUCCCGCGGUAAAACUGGCAUCUAUGUUCCCCAAAUAUUACGAUUCAUGCUCUUGUCCCUAUGGCAUGAACACCCUUUAUUAGGUAACCACUCCGGCUACGAAAAAGGAGUCAGAAAAUUCAAAGACAUUUUCUUAUGGCCCAGCAUGGACAACGAUAUCAAGAAAAUAUGGUCCACAUGCUCUAAAUGCCUAAAAAGUAAAACACAAUCACCUUUAAUGGCUCCAGUUUCGACCAAGACAAUUCCUAUACCUCCCCAUCCUUGGCAUACGCUAAGCUUGGAUCACAUAGUUAUUGACGAAAAUAAUAAUGCAUUGGUUGCAAUAGACGAAUUUAGUAAAUUUGUCACAUUAAUUCAUACCACCAACUUAGGAGCAAUAACAGCAAUCAACUCGCUAGAAAGAAUAUUCUUCUUAAUUGGUUUCCCGGACGUCAUCAAAACUGACAACGGUCCCGCUUUUAUAUCUAACCCUUUCCAAUUAUUCUGCAAUACCUAUGGAAUUAAACAUUACACAGUAUCUGCUUACAAUCACCAAGGCAACGGAAUAGUGGAACGUUUUAAUAGAAUCAUCCGCGAAGCUAUUCGCUUAUAUCCUAAAACAGAUAUCAAAUUACUUCUUCACAGUACCCAAUAUGCUCAUAACUUUGGCUAUACCACAACACAAGAAGGAAAACCAAAAGAAUACAUUCUUACAACAACAGACAAAUGGCUCCAAGAACCAUACAUCAACACCUCCCUUUCCGGUCGAUAUGACCUUCUCCUUUAUCUGAAAUCCCUAAUAACAUCAUCUACAAAACAAAACCCUGCCGAAACACCUCAACGGAUCCCUCCUGGAACUCUCGUCUUUCGAAGAAAUCCAACCGCGCACAAGAAUAGUGAACAAUACGAAGGACCGUAUGAGGUUAUCGAACACAUACAUGGCGAUUCCUACAUUAUACAAAAACUUUCCUUUAAAGGACGGCGAAUCGAAUCAGCAUUCAAAACAAAUGCCAGAUUACUGAAGCUAGCUCCAAAACACUUUUCAUUAUCAACACCUAAUGAUACUCCAUUAGAAGAAACGACACCUCCUUCCUUACAGGCUGAAGUUUCAACUGAAAACAUCAAAUCUACAAAGAAAAGGGGGAGACCAAAGAAAGCGUAUAAUAAAGAAUCAAUUCCACCUCAGAAAGAACCGAAAACGGAUAUAAAGAAAAAGCGAGGACGACCCCGUAAAUUAACUAGAAAGACAACCAACAAAAACAAAUCCCCGUCUGUGAAUGAAACAGUAAAAGAAAUGAAGAAACGUGGUAGACCCAGAAAAAUAAUAACAGAAGAACUAAGUAAUGAAUAA